GACGAUGACUCUGGAGUCCAUGAUGGCGUGUUGCCUGAGCGAUGAGGUGAAGGAGUCCAAGCGGAUCAACGCCGAAAUCGAGAAACAGCUGCGGCGGGACAAGCGCGACGCUCGGCGCGAGCUCAAGCUACUGCUGCUCGGCACGGGCGAGAGCGGGAAGAGCACUUUCAUCAAGCAGAUGCGCAUCAUCCACGGGGCGGGCUACUCGGAGGAGGACAAGCGGGGCUUCACCAAGCUGGUGUACCAGAACAUCUUCACCGCCAUGCAGGCCAUGAUCCGGGCCAUGGAGACCCUGAAGAUCCUCUACAAGUGCGAGCAGAACAAGGCCAACGCGCUCCUGAUCCGGGAGGUGGACGUGGAGAAGGUCACCACCUUCGAGCACCGGUACGUGAGUGCCAUCAAGACCCUGUGGAACGACCCCGGCAUCCAGGAGUGCUACGACCGCCGGCGGGAGUACCAGCUCUCGGACUCCGCCAAGUACUACCUGACUGACGUGGACCGCAUCGCCACCUCGGGCUACCUGCCCACCCAGCAGGACGUGCUGCGAGUGCGCGUGCCCACCACUGGCAUCAUCGAGUACCCCUUCGACCUGGAGAACAUCAUCUUCAGGAUGGUGGACGUGGGGGGCCAGAGGUCCGAGCGGAGGAAGUGGAUCCACUGCUUUGAGAACGUGACGUCCAUCAUGUUCCUCGUGGCCCUCAGCGAGUACGACCAGGUGCUGGUGGAGUCGGACAACGAGAACCGCAUGGAGGAGAGCAAGGCGCUGUUCCGGACCAUCGUCACCUACCCCUGGUUCCAGAACUCGUCCGUCAUCCUCUUCCUCAACAAGAAGGACCUGCUGGAGGACAAGAUCCUCCACUCGCACCUGGUGGAUUACUUCCCCGAGUUCGACGGCCCGCAGCGGGACGCGCAGGCCGCCCGGGAGUUCAUCCUGAAGAUGUUUGUGGACCUGAACCCCGACAGCGACAAGAUCAUCUAUUCCCACUUCACGUGCGCCACCGACACGGAGAACAUCCGCUUCGUCUUCGCCGCUGUCAAGGACACCAUCCUGCAGCUCAACCUGAAGGAGUACAACCUGGUGUGA